AUGUCACGGCGAGGCUACCCUUCGAGUGAGAUCUAUGAAGAGCGCGAACGCGAUUACUACCCACCCAGCGGCCGUGGUCGACGUACUGUAUACGACGAGGAGAUAGAGAUACGGGAGCGUCGGCGAGCGCCAGAGCGGGAACCAGAUUUCCUUCGAGAUGACUACGGCCGGCGGGAAGCUGGACCGCUAGUCCUGCGAGAAGAAAAGAAAGAGCGCUCACGUGAGAGACCACGACGCAGAGAAGUCGAAGCGGACGAGGUAAUUGUUGCCAGAGGACCGAGAGAGAAGGAGAAACCACGAGAGAGGGAGCUUAUGGAGGAUGAGGUGAUUGUUGCCAGGAGCUCUCCGAGAGAGCGUGAGAGGCCACGAGAGAGAGAAUAUGUGGAACGGGAGGAGAUCGAUAGGGAGAUAGCCUACAGGCCUAGGGGCGCCCCUGUGGCGACGGAGAGGGAGGAGUACGUCUACCGUCGAGCAGAACCAGCACCUCUGCCGCCACAGCAGGUCCGCCAGGAACGAGAGGAGUACGUUUUUCGGGCGCCUGUGAUCAGAGAACCAAGCCCCGCGAGGACGGAGAUAUCUGUCAGAGAAACAGAGAGGGAGAAGCCCCGAGAGAGGGACUAUAGAGAGGAGGAGAUCAUCAUCAGACGGGACGAGAGGGAGAGGGAGAAGCCCCGAGAGAGGGACUAUAGAGAGGAGGAGAUCAUCAUCAGACGGGACGAGAGGGAGAGGGAGAAGCCCCGAGAGAGGGACUAUAGAGAGGAGGAGAUCAUUAUCAGACGGGACGAGAGGGAGAGGGAGAAGCCCCGAGAGAGGGACUAUAGAGAGGAGGAGAUCAUUAUCAGACGGGACGAGAGGGAGAGGGAGAGGCCCCAAGAGAGGGAUUUCAGGGAUGAGGAGAUCAUAAUAAAGAGGGACGAGAGGUCUAGGGGACCGCCUAGGGAGAGAGAAAGAGGCUUCGAGAAGGAAGAGAUCGUCAUCUCAAACCGUGAGAGGCGGAGGCCGCGGGCAGCAAGCUAUGAGAGGGAGAGUCUUACUGUCAGCAGUGGUGAGCGGGAGCGACCACAAGCCAGAUCAAGAGGAGAUUUUAGGGAAGAUGAGCAGAUUAUGGUCCGCCGCGACGAGGGUCGGUCCAGGGCAGGAUCUAGAGGAGGCUUCAGGGAAGAUGAGCAGAUUAUCGUCCGCCGCGACGAGGGUCGGUCCAGGGCAGGAUCCAGAGGUGGCUUCAGAGAAGAGGAUAUCACCAUACGGCGAGGCGAGAGAGAGCGGGAAAGGCCUCGUGAGAGGACCCGUGAGAAAUCCAGAGAAAGAAACUACGACGACAUUAUCUUCCGGCAUGACGAGUACAGAGGACGGCACGAGGAUCAAAUUAUUAUCAGGCGCAAUGAGAGGUCGCCUUCUCCCGAACCUGAACCCGAACCCGAACCUGAACCUGAACCUGUACCUGUACCUGUACUUGUCCGAGAGCCGGAACCCGUACGAGCCCCACCGAUCGUUCAGGAAAUCAUAACACAUCACCGUCAUAUAGACCAUGGCUUCGAGCGAGCACCCGAACCACCACGCGCGAGAACUCCUCCCCGUCCAAGGUCCCCUUCUCCAGCUCCAGUCCGUGACGAGCGCAUUGAGAUUCGUCAGAGUGGUACUCGUAACGGCCGUCACUAUGACGAAGACAUUGUUUUCCAGCGUGAAGCACCUCGCACGAGAACCCCCCCUCGCCCGAGAUCCCCGUCUCCGGCUCCUGUACGCGACGAGCGGAUCGAGAUUCGUCAGAGUGGCUCUCGUAACGGUCAGCACUAUGACGAAGACAUUGUCUUCGAACGCGAGACCGGUGGUCGCCGCGCCUUAGACGGUGUCCGUCGUAGCGAGCGCCGUGAAGAAGAAGAUGUCCGUGAACUCGCCAUUAUCGAUACCAGAGACAAAGGAAGGCGCUUUGAAGCAGAGAAAUCCAAGAAAGAUAGAAUGUGGACGGAGGUCACAAAAGACCUCGUCAGCGAGGAAGCUAUUAAGGAAGUUGGCUAUGAGUUCGAGGAGACUGACGAGUUCUAUUAUGUAAUGGAGUAUCUGCGCUACGAGGAUGUUCUACGCCUUGUCGAACUUACCGAAGAUAUCAAACGUGAUCGCCGCGAACGCAUCCGUGAGAUCCAGGCUGAGCGCGAAUUUCUCGAGCGGCCCCGGAGACCACUAGCACUCCCACCAGCACCACCACCAUGGGACGAAGAGCGUGUGGUAGAGAGGGAGAUCACCUACGGCCUACCGCCACCGCGCAGAUAUCGCUAA